AUGGCCGACUCAGAUGUUCAGUCCUGGGAAUACCUGGAAAGACUCCAGGGGACAGAAUUCUAUCGACUCUACAAGAAUCCUACCUCAGCACUGGCCAUAUUCCGCAAACGACUUUCCAGUCUCGGUAGGCAAGUAAGAUCAAUUAUCCGGCCCUGGGUUGACACCAGCGUAGCGAAGAGUCUCGUCAUGGCUCUGCUGUAUUUGAACGCUCCCCUACCUGUAAAGGACUUGGACGUUUGGGUCAAACCAGGCAGCAGAAGUGAGAAGGAGCACGCCCUUGACUUGCUCCAAAGAUACCACAUAACAGCCGUGAGCUCUUCGAAAGCAUACAAACUUACUGAAAACUUCUCUCGAUCACUACGACAGGCUCUCACGGGAGGUGGGGAUACCAAAUCCUUCGGCGAAAUCGCCAUUCCUCCUUCCAAUCCGUCGAUUACUGUUGAAGAUCUGGACGGCUUUGCUCGCAAUCAAUGGGAAGGGAUUCUGGGUUAUAUGGUGGGCAAUUCCGCCAUACCGCUUGAAUCAACAAGCACCGUUGUCGAUCCCUCCCCAGGGGUGAUUGAACUUCUCAAAGCUGGCCAUUUGAUCGAAUUGACCGGAUCAUCUCGUCUGAGCUACUCGCCCAAAAUUACCAAAGAUGGAUUUGCAUUCGUCCUUCAGGAUAUCAACACUCAAGUCUGGUCGUUACUAUUCCUCUACGUCGAUCAUGCGGAAGAUUUCGCGAUGACAAAGGUGGCUGUCCUGUCAUUUCUCUUUCUCAUCUCCUCCCUAGAGCUUGGCCAAGCAUACACCAAAUCCCAUCUCGAUGCCGACCAGUUGCGCAUCCUUUCCGACCUCUCCGACUUCGGCAUCAUCUACCAAUCCUCCUCCGACUCCCCAGACUUCUACCCGACCCGCCUCGCCACAACGUUAACCUCGGACUCCAAUACCUCAAGCACCGACAAUACAAACCUCUCUUCCGCACUGACCACCUCCUCAACUUCCCAAUCCCACGGCUUCAUCAUAAUUGAAACUAACUACCGCAUCUACGCCUACACGUCGUCUCCACUGCAAACCUCCCUCCUUGGCCUCUUCACCAACCUCCGCUCCCGUCAUCCCAACCUCAUCACUGCCAAAAUGACCAAAUCCUCCGUUCAACGCGCCGUCCAGAUGGGCAUAACGGCCGACCAAAUCAUCAGCUAUUUGACCUCUCACGCCCACCCACAGAUGCGCCGGCACGCAAUCCAAGCCGCGUCAGCAGCCAGUGACCCGGCCAAAGCGGCGCAGGCAGCCUCCGUGAUCCCGGCCACGGUGCUGGAUCAGAUCCACCUGUGGCAGAUCGAGAAGGAUCGCAUGACGACCACGCCAGGGUAUCUGAUGAAGCAGUUUGGGACCCAGGCCGAGUACGAGCGGUACUGGCAGUUUGCGGAUCAGAUUGGUGUGUUGGUGUGGCGGAGUGAUCGGAAGAGAAUGUUUUUCGUCAACCAGAUUGACAGUUUGAGGAGGUUUAUGAAGAGCAGCCGGGAGAGUGGUGCAGAGGGGUGA